AUGCCCCGCGCUUCCAGCACUCGCACGACGCCCCGCAAGGAUGUUGACCAGCGGUUCAUCUUCCUGGACCUCGACUCGCUGCUCUGCGCCGUGCGCAACCACGUCCUAACCCAUGAGAACCAGUUCCACAAGGAGCUCGCCAGCUUCUCCAGUGACGUGGCACUAUGCCCCAAUAACCUCACUGUCCUCUUAAACGACCAGCAUCCAAGUCGUAUCCAAUGCUGGAGAGGAACUUACUGCAAUCCCAACGCAGCUGAAGCCAAAGCCCUCGAAGCAGUGCGUAGUGACGGCAGAGCCAAGAUAAACUGGAAACUCACACAGAAUGGAACGCCACAGCAUCCGACACUCGAAAAGAUGCUCAAACGCCACUUAACGACCACAACCGGCGCUAAAAAGACGCUAGUUCUAGCAACAGGAGCCCUUACUAAAGGCCUAAAGAGCUGCGUCGACGCCUACUUAAAGGCGCAAUGGCACGUGCAACUCGUGACACUCGACUCGUGCUACAAGAAAAGCGACUGGCAAUUCACCCAGCUCGACGGAUUUCACGUAAAAAAAUGUGGAUAA